AUGUCGACAGGACUAAGAUUGGAUGGCAAGAUCGUAAUUAUAACAGGCGGAGCAAGCGGGAUUGGAGCGGAAGCCGCAAGGUUGUUCACGAGCCAUGGAGCUAAGGUGGUCAUCGUUGACGUGCAAGAAGAGCUCGGCCAAAACGUCGCCGUUUCCAUCGGGGAAGACAAAGCCAGUUUCUACCGUUGCGAUAUAACGAAGGAGACGGAAGUAGAGAACGCCGUCAAGUUCACCGUCGAAAAGCACGGAAAGCUAGACGUUCUGUUCAGCAACGCCGGCGUCCUCGAAACGGUGCAAGGAAUCCUCGAUAUAGAUCUUGAGGAGCUUGAUCGAACCAUGGCUAUUAACGUUCGCGGCGCGGCUGCGUUUAUCAAACACGCGGCGCGUGAGAUGGUUGCUAGUGGGACACGUGGCUCCAUCGUGUGUACGACGAGCAUCGCUGCGGAGAUCGGCGGUCCGGAGUUUCCCGGUUACACGGCGUCGAAGCACGCGCUUCUCGGGCUGGUUAGGUCGGCGUGUGGCGGGUUGGGGAAAUACGGGAUUAGAGUGAACGGCGUGGCACCGUACGCGGUUUCGACGGGGUUGACGAGCAAGGACGAAGAAGCGGCGAAGCUGUUGGAGGAUCAUUACGCUGACAAAGCGAAUCUUAAGGGUGUGGUGCUUAAAGCUCACCACGUGGCACAAGCGGCUCUGUUUUUGGCUUCUGAUGAUUCGGUUUAUAUUAGUGGUCAGAAUUUGGCAGUCGACGGAGGUUUUACCGUUGUUAGGCCAUAG